GUUAAUCGAUACACCUAUAUAGCUAGACUCUACACAAAUCCUAUUGGAAGGAAUUAGGAUGGCAAUCAUGACGACCAACCUCGACGACGCUAACACCGGCCGCGGCGGCGCCGGGAACCAGAAGCCGGCGGCGGCCACCUUCGGGGACACAACGCUGACAAAGGUUUUUGUUGGGGGGUUGGCUUGGGAGACGCCCAAAGAGGCGUUGAGUGACCAUUUCCACAAGUUCGGUGAGAUUUUGGAGGCCGUCAUCAUCUCCAAUAAGCUCACCGGCCGAUCCAAGGGCUAUGGUUUUGUGACCUUCAAAGAAGCAGAGGCGGCCAAGAAAGCCUGCGAGGAUGCGGCGCCGAUGAUUCACGGCCGGCGGGCUAACUGCAAUCUCGCCUCCCUCGGUGCCCGGCGCCCCCGGCCGCCGCCACAAUCUUCCGCCUCGCCUCCUCCUCCACAAGGACCCCAUGUUGUAGUGGGACCAGGGGCUGCGGCUCACCCGACGUCACCCGCAAAUCACGUGCGAUUGAUCUAUCCGGUCGCAGCGCCACCAGCAGCCGGGAUCGGAGCUCUUCCUCCACCAUAUUAUCAUCAUAAUCAAUAUCGCCAAGCUCUUCCCCUCUAUGGGUUUCGACCCACAUACGUUGCCACAGACCUGAGCUUUAAUCACAAGGUAAGUUACGGGGGUGGGGCCUACUUUUAUCCAAGUGGUCAGCAACCUCACAUGGUGGCGGCCGGAGGAGGAGGUGGUGGAGGAGCAAACGCCUUUGUGCCAGCGGCGGUGUCGUACGGCCCGUUGUACCAAUACUCUCAUCAUCCAGAGACAUUGGGCCUUCCGGCCCAUGUAUAUUAUCCGACAACCGUGGGCCCAUUUCCAACUGUUCCAGCCCCUCUCUUCUCGAAAGCUCCAACAGCAGUUGGCAAUGUGGGAGGAGGUGUGAAGAUGGUGGUGAAGGGCAAUUAGUCAUUUUCAUUGGGGAGCAAAAUGCAAAUAACAGAAUUAUCAAGGAGGAGAUAAGAGAAAUCGAGGAUGGGCUGCUCAGAACAACGUUAUUUUUGCCAGAUCUGGAGUGGCUCUUCUUAUUUUACCCAAUAUAUAUAUUUUUUUUAAUUAUUCUGUAUGGUUUAUUUUAACAUUCAUUAUUCAAAAUUUUAUUAUGUUGAAAAAAGGAAUAAAAGAAUCUUAUGAAG